AUGUCCCACCACGACUUGUUCGACCUGCUAGCCGAUGAGGCGACCAUCGCAGCGCUACACCAAGAGGGAGUGAGCGUGGAUGAGGUUCAGAAGCAGAACAUCAAACGGCUCUACAACCAUCACGUGAGACCGACACCUCCCACCCUGGCGACGAGAUUUCAGCGGAUGGACAAGCUCAGCGUGCCCGACGUGUGGAAAGGGUACGUUGCUCGUCACGGUGCGGAUCCCACGCAGCUUCUGGGCGCAUCUGGCGCGCAGGAAAAAGAGGCACCGACGUCCGCUUCUGCGCUCUACGCUCGCGCACUGGCGCUCGCGCGCAUGGAGUCGCAAAGGCAGCAAGGGUGUGCCCUCAAGAACUUUCAUUACCUCUUCUUCUACGACCUGAUCCGCCACCUCUUCCCCAAGGCCAAGCACACGCAAAAGGGACUGGGACCGGUCCUCAUCGCACGGCUGGAGCACAUCUCAACGCCUCUGAAGCAACCGCUAAGCAAGGCUCUCACGUCGGACUGGAGUGCGCGUGCCGUGGUGGAUUGGUACGACAUGGGCUUUGCCGUGAACAUACUCGCUUCCAAGUUUGGCGCAGGAUCCCUCUUUGUGUUGGAGAAACAGUUGUCGGAAAACCUUUGCGCAAGUUACCCAAGGCGGGAUCCGUUUACGAGGAGGUGGUGA